AUGGAUGCUUUUGAGGGAAUUCACAGUGUCCAGAUUUCUUCUUCUCCACCAUCUGCAACUUCAUCCAGCCCAGGAUAUGAAGUCCUCAGGGCAGGAAAAUCUGGAAUAGCCGUAUAUUCCUCAACUGUCUUCUAUGGGACACCUGGAGUCCUGGGACAGCCUUCAGCCAGGCACAACAAGUCCAGCAGAGAAACUGAGGAGAGAGACUGUGCUGUGGGAAGCUGUGACGUCAGCGUCCGCAUUCCUGCGCCGUGUGAUUUAAACGCGCAGAGAUUAGUUUCACUGAGACCUGCAAACAUCAACAUCACUGCUUCCUAUCGGGGUUUUACUAUUGAUUUAACGCCAGAAAACAGCCUGGAGGACACUGGGGGGGAGAAGCUGACAAGGUUGGUAGAUCUGGAUCCAGAGCCAGAGCCCAGAAUGGAGGGAGGAGGCCAGGCAGGACCCACCUCAGGAAGAGACCGCGGCAGCCUCUCACGGAUCCGUAGCUCCUCGCUAGAAAUCCGAGAAAAAGAAAUCCGAGAAAAGGGCUCGGAGAUCCUUCGGGAACAGCUGGAUGCUGCAAAGAAGGAACUGAAACUAAAAGACAAGGAGUGUGAGCGUCUGUCGCAGGUCAGGAAUCAACUGGAACAAGAGCUGGAGGAGCUGACCGCCAGUCUGUUUGAGGAAGCUCAUAAGAUGGUUCGUGAAGCUAACGUCAAACAAGCAGCAGCAGAGAAACAGCUGAAGGAGGCUCAGGGGAAGAUCGAUGUCCUGCAAGCAGAGGUGACGGCUCUUAAGACUCUGGUGUUGACGUCCACGCCUUCUUCACCGAACCGCCAGCUGCAUCCACAGCUGCAGUCUCCGGGCACCAGGGGAGCGUACAAACAUGUCGGUCACAUCCGCAACAAGAGCGCGAGCGGUGCCUUUCCAUCCUCACCUGGAAAACCUGAACCCUCCUCAGUUUCCAUACAGCCUGCGGCCAAAGAGGACCGAGAGAUGGACUCAGUUCUUUACGCAGAGUUUCUGAUGUGGAAGGAACAUCCGAGUCUGGACCGCUCCUCUGCCUUCCUGAGUCGGAUCCACAGAGAAGAUAUCGGACCCUGCCUCUCCUUCACAAGAUCUGAGCUGUCCCAGUUGGUGCAGAGUGCUGUGGAAAACAACUCUCUGACUAUCGAGCCUGUGGCCAUGUCAGCAUUACCGAUGGUUAAAGCCUCAGCGAUUGAGUGCGGAGGCCCUAAUGGCUUUAGGGCAGCAAUAGAAACAAAAUGUGCAUUAAGCGGCAUGUCGCGGCUCUGCAGGCAUCGCAUUAAACUUGGCGACAAGGGGAGCUACUACUACAUCUCUCCUUCCAGCCGAGCGCGGAUCACGGCUGCUUGCAAUUUUUUCACGUAUAUCCGCUACAUCCAGCAGGGCCUGGUGAGACAUGAUGCGGAGCAGAUGUUCUGGGAGGUAAUGCGUCUCCGCAGAGAAAUGACCGUGGCCAAGUUAGGUUUCUACUUCACUGACCAGGGCUAGAGGACCCGAUAGGACACUGAAACACCCAACAGGACAGCAUGGUCCCAGGACCUCACUUACUCAGACGUCUGAGUAACAGACAGGUCUUGGAUCAGUUUUUGUAGCAGAGGGUGUACGGCGUGAGUGCUGCAGCAGAAGUCAAUCAACAAGGGAAGCAGAAAAUAAUUAACUGCCACUUUUGAAUUUGCAAUUUAAUUAGAUUCAAACCAAUACUGCAGGAAAGAAGGAAAAUUAUUUUUAAAGAUGGGCUGUUCUUCCCAAAAUUGUACAACACAAGUUUCUGUUAUACUGCGGGCCGAGUAACUAACCACUGUCCUCCAGAUAUUCUCUUUGCAACUGUGGAGAAAAUGUUUCAGUUUUUAAUCUUGUGGGCGCUGAACCUCCCCGGUGGAGUACACACACACACACACACACACGACUUCUUAUGCUAAUACAACAGAUCGUAUGUAUCAUGUUUCAGGCUGUUGAAAAGAUGAACACAGGAUGAACACAACCUGCAGAGUUUAGUUGGUCUCUUACCUCAAGUGUUAUAUACUUAUAUAAGUAAGUAUAUAUGUAAUAGUUUAUAUUGUGAGACAAUAAUCCGUAUAGAUCUCACUGAACAGUGAUCUAUUUCUUAUGCAUCUCUUACAACCACAGCAAAGACAAUUCGUCUCUGCAUGGCCUUAAUUUUUGUCGAUGCACUCUUGCACUACCUGUUCUUAGAUGCCUUGUAUUAAAAAAAAAAAAAGAAAAGAGAAAAAAACAACAGACAAAACACCUGCAGCUGCUGCUGCAUGUUAGCCAGGCCUGUACUUCAUAAUCCGAUAUAUUGUCAAUGAAUUAGUAACAGCUUUCCUAUGUAGCUGGUAAAUGAACAAGCUUUAAAACGUGAUAUGAUCGCAAAAUGCACAACUGUAGUUUUGCACGUCUGCAAUCAACAAUAUGUACAUACAGUAUAAGCCAUAAAUGACUUUGCAUGAAUGCAGUUCAUAGCCAUAUUAUGCAAUUUAUAUUGGCUGUCGUACCUCAUAGUAUAGAUUAUUAUUAUUAUUAAUGGCCAAUUUUUACAGAAGAAGUCUUUUUGAAGGUAAAAAUGAAGAAUAUUGUGAGUCAGAAAGUGCAAUAACUGCUUCUUAGCCUUAUUAGGCUUUGAGUUUCCUAACCUCAGUGUACUGAUAAUAAUGUCUUCCAGUGUAAACACUCCAUUAAAGAUGAGACAUCGU